UUGGAAUCCGUCGACCAGGGUUACUGCUACAUCGAGCUAAACAGGCACCAUGUGUGCGAAGCGUUCGUCGGCAUGUGCUGCAUGGUGUGCCCCGAAAACUGCAACAGGCAGGCACUGCGAGCGCUGGUGACGGACGUUCGCAGAGAUUUCGACGGCCGUCAGAUACUGGUCCAUGUCCUGUACGUCGACAAAGGCCGUACCGACGUUGUCGGACUCGAGCGUGUUUACCCCAUCAGCGAGAACGAAGCGCUUGACCCUUGCCAAGCGGUGGCCUGCUGCAUACGCAGGAUAAGGCCAACAUUGGUAAGCUCGUGCUACGACUUGCACGGGCUUAUCGACGACGUGCUCUACUACUAUGAAGCCAUUUUCUACGGCCGCUCUGACAGAGGUAUUUAUGAGAUAGACCUAUUUAUCAACUGUCCCGAAACCCCCACUGGGCCGAAGCGGCUGAAUGUUGCUGAACUACUUGUCUUUAACGGUUACGCCGAAUUCCUGGAUUGUCUCGGCGAUUCCCCUCUUGGGGCUGUACAACUGGCAUCCGAUGCGAGCUGUCAUUUGCAGCCUGACGGCGAGGGCGCAAGCGAACAUUCACAGCCCGAGAGUAGAAUCAUCCGCGCCGACGUACCUGACCGAUCUCCUUCUACUCUUUCGGCCUGUACCGAUUCACUGAGCGACACUUCUUCUCACUGCUCAGAAUUGCCAGCACCAGUUGUACCAAACGAAAACACCGUUGACAUUAAGGUUACAUUUAUCUUGACACCAGACCACUGGUAUGGACGACCAACCUCCACUGCGAAAGAACUGUCAGAAAUGCACCGCAUCAUUGAAUCGUGUGGCCAAGUCUUGUGCGCAAAACGGGACAUCAAGAAGGGGUCAUACUACAUCUAUCGUGAUUUGCCGCAUGAAACUGGAACUAGAGUCCGUGUUGAGGAACUGCUGAGGGCUGGAAAAUGCCGGAUAUUUCUGAUUGACUAUGGCAACAGAAAGGCUGUGAAAUCUUCCUGCUUGUUCAGAAUGGACCCAAGACUUUGUUCCGUUGGUCCACUUGCAUUAAGGUUCCAGCUAGUUGACAUUCAGCCAUGGGCAGAAUGGACAGAAGCGGCUGUCAUCCGGUUUGAAGAACUGACAUGCAGUGACAGUUCACUUACAGCAGUCAUUGUGGAAACAAGAACUUCCGAUGAUGAAUUUAAUGACAAAAUUUACUUGGCAAAGCUGCUCAGUGAGACCUAUGGAGACGUGGCCGAGUGUAUGAGCAGGGAAGGUUAUGCAAGGAUGCCGACUGUGAAACACAAAAAGCAGACCGUUGCUCCGAAUGCAAAUCUUGAACUUUCUUCUUUCAAUCCCAUGCAGGAUGACUACAACAACCCUCUCAACAGUUACAAUGUGAACACUGAUGAUCCGGGAGUGGCUGCUUCAAACUUUGUUGCCAAAACAGAGCGCGUCUGCAAGUUCUUUAGCUCACAAGGCUAUUGCAGACAAGGUGCACUGUGUGUUUUCAAGCACAUUGCUGCAGAAGCCAACUCAGCAAUCUUGCAUGUAAAAGAGCCUGUCAAUGAGUGCAUUAGACAUCUGACACCACCCGAACCAGGAAGUCGGCUGUUGGGCCAGAUGUCAGCGUUUGGCAGCCCAAAACAUUUCUCUUUAGUUUUUCCUUAUGGAAGAAAGCCUGUUGAUAGGCUUUUCUCAGAGAGUACGAAUUUCAGCUCAGAGGAGACAUUGGAAACCCUUAUGAAAGACCUCCAAGUCUUUUGCCGUCGUAGCCGCUUCCUGGAAAACAGGCUUUUUGUGAAGUCUGUCGGCGAGUUUGUUGCUGCUAGGUCCAGUGAGGACAGUCUGUGGUACCGAGCACAGGUUGCCUCCCUUGGCGAGGGUGAGCGGCUCAAGGUGUCAUAUGUAGACUUCGGGUUUUCUGAGCGGUUGUCGUUGAAUGAGGUCAGAGCGUUGGACCCACGCUUUACGCACCUGCCCAUUCAGUCACAACAGGCUUCCCUUGUAGACAGUGAAUUGUGCUCCCUGAGCGACGAGACUGACUGGGAUGCAGAAAUGUUCAGAAGCUUCCUGCAAUGUGUCGCUGAUAAAAUUCUUCUUGUUGAAACUGUGUGCUACACGGAAGGUGUUUUGCAUGUCAAGCUCUAUUUCUACAGGGAUAAUGCGGUUUACAAUGUGACUGAUUACAUAAAGGAUCUGCAAGUGCACCCAAGCCAAGAAAAAUAUUAUGCACGCUCUGUCUUUACAAGAAGUAAUGCUCAUUAUACUUAACUAUGCAUUGUUUUGUGAGCUCUGAAGUUCACUGGACUUGUGUGCACAUACUUUUCUGCAUAUUUAUUUUGAACAUUCGUGCGAUUUUGUCAUGGUAUGUCAGUGAUAAUAGUGUCGACAUGCAAUUCUUUGGAAGUUGAUUGCAGUGUGUAUGGGGAAAAUAAAUAUUUUUCUUGGGGGA